CCAGAACUCUCUCGGUUUCUUUGGCGCAACUGCGCGUGCGCGUAAAACACGUGGGAUUUCCCCUCAGUCUCGUUUCUUCCGGCCAUGUGCCUGUAGCUAAAAAGCCUAGGUGAUAUAGUUGGUGUUCAAACUAUACGAAGAAGACGGCGGGCAGCGAGAAACCCCAAGUCUCAGUUUGAGAGAAAGACAGCAGAACGCGGGACGCACGUGAUCUCGACGACCGGUGAAUUGCUGAGUGCUGAAUCUCGGUGGAUGGCAACGGGAGGAUCGAGGGCCGGCCCAGGAGGACGGGCAAACGGCAGGAACUACUCUCGUCUCGAGUUGCAGAACACGGCAGUUAUGGAGGAACUCUACCGCAUACAUCUCUCGGAGGAGCUGGUCCGUGCGAAUGGUCUCGGCAGCAAGUUGGAGCGAGAGCCCGCGACGACCGCCGGUGCUGGUGUCGAGCUCAGCGAGGAGGAGAGGCAGACGGCGGCCGAUGCGGCGGAGAGAAUCACGCGAGUCAUAGCCCGCACACCGGGCAUCAGGGUCGAGAGAACCGUGAGGGACUACAAGAGUGAGAACGGCGGCUGGGACGUGAACGCCGACAACGUCGAGUCGGAGUUCAGGGAGGUGGAGAGACGGACGUUCUCCGAUGGCGUUCACUGGGGAAGAGUCAUAGCUUUCCUCGCAUUCUCCGUGUCGUUUGCUGCCUAUGUCAGCAGUCGCGGGAUCCACGGAGGAGCUUAUAGCGUUUUCAACUGGACGACGAGAGUUCUAAACGACAAUCUCGCUGAGUUCAUUCGGAGAGAGAACGGCUGGCGGGGGCUCAUCAGCUAUGCAGACACCCUCCUCAGAGCCCAGGAAAGGCAGCAGAGGGAAGAGGUGGACCACCCAGCCCACAGACCUCAGCAAAGAGGGGUGUGGGACGCCGUGGCAGGCAUCGGUGUCAUCGGAGUGGGCACUCUCCUAGCCAUCGGAAUGAGACAAGCGUUCUCAUAAGAUCUCGUCAUAUUAUUAUGGCAGUCUGUGUGUGUGUGUGUGUGUGGUGUGGCUCAGCUGUAAUUGUUUUUCAUUUAGGCAACUGAUUAGGGACAUUUGAAUCAAGAUAAAUCACCAUUUCAGCUCAGUACGUGUUUCUGUACGUCACCAAUUAUUAGCUUUUCAUUAUUGCUCUCAUUUUAUACAUGAACUAACCCAUCGUUGUCAUCACCAUCUUGUGCAUGUCCACCCAUUAUAUAAUAGCACAGGUUUUUCAUUUAUAAUGACCAUAUUAUCCCAAGAUUUGCUAUAAAUUUCCCCACAUCAUCCAAAAAUUGAGCUAUA